CUCCUGUAGGAGGAUUCAUUACAAACAAUUGCUGGCCGGUUCCCCGUCCCUAAAUGGCUCAAUAUGCCCUCCUAGUGGCAAAAGCUGGCAGGCUGACGCGAACGGGCAGCUUUACAGGACGGAUUAUCUGGUAACUGACCAUUUAGCUGUGGCACACUCGGACUUCGUGUAAAAGUGGGAUUUCGACCAUGAGCUCCGUCGCCGUACUUACACAGGAAAGCUUCAAUGAGCACCGCAACGGUCUCUUGCCUGAGCAGGCUGGUGCUGCCUCGGGCGGGCCAAGCAGUGCGGGUGAUGAGGAGGCACUGCCGACCUACAAGGAUGCCUUCCCCCCUCUGCCCGAGAAGGCGUCUUCGCCCGAGGGGACUCAGGAUUCGGCCAACGCCUGGACCAAGAUCAAGCCUCUGAAGUCAUCGGUCAUCACCCAGGUUUUCCACGUGCCUCUGGAAGAGCGCAAGUACAAGGACAUCAGCCAGUUCGGUGAAGGAGACCAGGCCAAGAUCUGCGUUGACAUCAUGCAUAAGACCGGCGCCCAUCUGGAACUCUCCAUGGCCAAGGAUCAGGGUCUCUCCAUCAUGGUGUCUGGGAAACUGGACGCAGUCAUGAAGGCCCGCAAGGAGAUUGUGUCCCGACUGCAGACUCAGGCCUCGGCGACUGUGGCCAUACCCAAAGAACACCACCGCUUCGUGAUCGGCAAGAAUGGGGAGAAGCUGCAGGAACUGGAACUGAAGACCGCCACCAAAAUCCAGAUCCCCCGCCCCGAUGACCCCAGCAACUACAUCAAGAUCUCUGGCACCAAGGAGGGCUUGGAGAAGGCCAAGCACGAGAUCCUGCUCAUCUCUGCUGAGCAGGACAAGCGUGCUGUGGAGCGGGUGAACAUUGAUAAGGUGUACCACCCCUUCAUCACCGGAGCCUUCAACAAGACGGUGGGAGAGAUGAUGCAGGAGACUGGUGCGCGCAUCAAUGUUCCACCGCCUAGCGUCAACAAGACCGAGAUAGUCAUCACUGGGGAGAAGGAGCAAGUGGCCCUGGCCGUGAACUUGAUCAAGAAGAUUUAUGAAGAGAAGAAGAAGAAUGCCACUACCAUCGCAGUGGAAGUGAAGAAAUCUCAGCACAAGUACGUGAUCGGCCCCAAAGGGAACACCUUGCAGGAGAUCCUGGAGAAGACUGGAGUCUCGGUCGAGAUCCCACCACCUGACAGCAGCUCUGAAACGGUCAUCCUCCGCGGAGAACCAGAUAGACUUGGCCAGGCGCUCACUGAAGUCUACGCCAAGGCCAACAGCUAUACUGUGUCCUCCGUCUCCGCUCCGUCUUGGCUUCACCGCUUCAUCAUCGGCAAGAAGGGGCAAAAUCUGGCGAAAAUCACCCAGCAGAUGCCUAAGGUCCACAUUGAAUUCACCGAGGGUGAGGAUAGAAUUACUUUGGAGGGACCCACCAAGGACAUGCAGCUGGUGCAGAGCCAGAUUGAAGCCAUUGUCACAGACCUGGUUAGCCGUAUGGAUUACACCGAGAUCAGCGUGGAUCCCAAGUUCCACCGACACCUGAUUGGAAAAGGCGGUGCCAACAUUAACCGCAUCAAGGACCUGCACAAGGUGUCCGUCCGCAUCCCCCCUGAUAACGAGAAGAGCAACCUGAUCCGCAUCGAGGGGGACCCCCAGGGUGUGCAAGAAGCCAAGAAGGAGCUGCUGGAGCUGGCGUCACGCAUGGAGAACGAGCGUACAAAGGACAUGAUUAUUGAACAGCGUUUUCACAGAGCCAUAAUUGGGCAGAAAGGGGAGAAGAUUAAGGAAGUCCGGGAAAAAUUCCCAGAGGUCAUAAUCAACUUUCCUGACCCAGCGCAGAAGAGCGACAUUGUUCAGUUGCGUGGGCCCAGAACUGAAGUGGAGAAAUGCUCCAAGUUCAUGCAGAAGAUAGUGGCUGAAAUGGUGGAGAACAGCUUUACUGUUUCUGUCCCCAUCUUCAAGCAGUUCCACAAGAACAUCAUUGGAAAAGGAGGAGCAAAUAUCAAGAAGAUUCGUGAGGAGACCAACACUAAGAUUGACUUGCCUGCAGAGAACAGCAACUCUGAGAUGAUCAUCAUAACUGGGAAGAAGGCCAACUGCGAGGCCGCUAAGAACCGCAUCUUGGCCAUCCAGAAGGAGCUGGCGAACAUCACGGAGAUGGAAGUGUCCAUCCCCUCGAAGCUGCACAACUCCCUGAUCGGCUCCAAGGGCCGCUUUGUGCGCUCCAUAAUGGAGGAGUGCGGCGGCGUCCAUAUCCACUUCCCUAGCGAGGGCUCCGGCAUCGACACGGUGACCAUCCGCGGCCCCGCAGAGGACGUGGAGAAGGCCCGUCGCCAGCUGCUGUCGCUGGCCGAGGAGAAGCAAACCAAGAGCCACACGGCGGAGCUGCGAGCCAAGCCGGAAUACCACAAGUUCCUCAUCGGAAAGGGUGGCGCCAACAUCCGGAAAGUGCGCGACAGCACCGGCGCGAGGAUAAUCUUCCCCACGUCCGAUGAUAAGGACCAGGAGCUGAUUACGGUGGUGGGCACGGAGGAGGCUGUGGGGCAGGCACAGAAGGAGCUGGAAGAACUCAUAAAAAGCCUGGACAACAUUGUGGAGGACUUCAUGACAGUUGACCCUAAGCACCACCGCUACUUUGUGGCCCGCCGUGGCCAGGUGCUCCGGGACCUCGCAGACGAGUACGGCGGAGUGAUGGUGAGCUUCCCUCGCACUGGCUCCCAGAGCGAUAAAGUCACCCUGAAAGGAGCCAAGGACUGCGUGGAGGCCGCCAAGAAACGCAUGCAGGAGAUCGUCGAGGACCUGGAUGCUCAGGUGACGAUGGAGUGCGUGAUCGCCCAGAAGUUUCACCGCUCGAUAAUGGGUCCCAAGGGAUCUCGGAUCCAGCAGAUCACCAGAGAUCACAAUGUGCAGAUUAAAUUCCCAGAUCGAGAGGAUCCCCAAGCUCCCCCUGCUGAGGCCCCUGUCCAAGAGAAUGGUGAAGCAGUUGGUGAAGUCAAGGAGAUUAACCCUUCCACCCCCAAGAAGUGUGAUGUCAUUGUGCUCUCUGGCCGCAAGGAAAGGUGCGAGGCGGCCGUGGAAGCACUCAAGGCUUUGGUCCCUGUGAGCAUAGAGGUGGAAGUACCCUUUGAGCUUCAUCGUUACAUUAUUGGCCAGAAGGGAAGUGGAAUUCGAAAGAUGAUGGAUGAAUAUGAGGUCAAUAUUCAAGUGCCUGCUCCUGAGCUGCAGUCGGACAUCAUCUCCAUUACCGGCCUGGUCAAUCACUUGGACCGCGCCAAAGAUGGCCUCCUGGAUCGAGUCAAAGAGCUGCAAGCUGAGCAGGAGGACCGGGCUCUCAGGAGCUUCAAGCUGACCAUCACUGUGGACCCAAAGUAUCACCCCAAAAUCAUUGGCCGUAAAGGCGCCAUCAUCACCCAGAUCCGCACCGAACACGAUGUCAACAUCCAGUUCCCAGAGAAGAAUGAUGAGAAUCAGGAUCAGAUCACCAUCACUGGUUAUGAGCAGAACACCAUGUCUGCCCGUGACGCCAUUCAGACCAUUGUUGAUGAGCUGGAGGAGAUGAUCUCGGAAGACAUCACCCUGGACAGCAGGGUCCACGCCCGAAUAAUCGGGGCUCGUGGAAAAGGCAUCCGCAAGAUCAUGGAGGAGUUUAAGGUUGAUCUAAGAUUCCCUCAGAGUGGAGCUGCAGACCCCAACGUUGUGACUGUGAUGGGCCGCCCUGAAUUUGUGGAUGAAGCUAUUGAUCACCUCUUGAACUUGGAGGAGGAAUAUAUGGCAGAUGUCGUGGAGAACGAAUCGAAACAGGCCUACAUGAAGCCUCGUGGGGGAGGUGCUACGGCGGAGGAACCCAGAGGCCCAUCAAAGGGCUUUGUGGUGAGGGAGGCACCCUGGACAACUAGCAGUGAGAAGGCCCCUGACAUGAGCAGUUCUGAGGACUUCCCAAGUUUUGGGGCACCCGUAGCUGCAAAGGCCUCCCCAUGGGGCCCCAAACGUUUCUAACCUGGCUGCUAAAGAUGGGCAUUCAUCCCAUUCAACCAUUUCCCUGAAAUCCCCCGUCCCUGUCACCCUGAUUGACCAUUGGCACUGGCCCUUCCAGUUUCUGCUGUGAAACAUCAGCUGUGGCUUGGUGCACCACCCAUAAACUCUCCCAAGAAAAAUGAAGUGGUCUUUAAAUAAAUCAACCAGAUUUUAUUUGGUCCAAAUUUCAAGUCAUUUGGUGGAGAAAGGCUUAUUGGCUCCAGAAAACAUUGGCUUUCCAUCUAAUUUCUGGUCUGCCUUUGUAGACUUAUUUCAGGAUGCCAUUUUGGAUCUGAGCCGUAAACUAUGCUCAUUGCAUUCAGAAAUGCAAUGUCUGGCUUGAUGGGACCUUGCCCUCUUCAGUAUGUUUGACCAGGUUAUUGCUAGGUUGAAAUGGGAAGGUGCCCAUUUUGGGUAGAAAUGGUGAUCUAGAAUCAGUGUUGUCACACUUCCUCUGUUGUGAUUUGAACUUGUGCUGUGUUACAGUGGUAAAACUGCUUUUAAUCCAAAGCUGUUGCCAAGGUGAUUGAACAAAGCUGUCAGGGUUGAAUGAACUGCCCCUGUGAGUUGCCUUGGAAACAGAUUGUAUUACCUCUGAUAUUAGAAGAAAUGUGGCCCAAAGCUUCUAUUUCUCCAAUGGUAGUUGAAAUUUUCAAACUUCAGGUGACUGGCCUUUUCAGCCCCUCCCCCCCCUUCCUUCCCCACAACCCCCUAACAGUAGCCAUGUAGAACCUAGUUUGUCUCAAUGUUAAUGGAGCUGGGGUGCAUGACCCUGUCUAGUCUACCUCUAGCACUUUAUAAUCUACACCAUAACAAUUUACAAAUAGACAAGCGGGGAGGUUUGGACUUGCAGUGCAGAACCAACUUUUAAAGUAUUGGACAGUUUGAAGUAUCUUUGAGCUUAAGUUUAGACUAUUCUAGCUUGGAGCUGGAAUGGAUGCUUCAAAUUGGGAAUACAGUUCCAACUGCACAAUUGUUUUAAUUUUAAUUUUAUUCCCCCCCCCCCCCCCCCCCCCAAGCUCCAAAAACAAGCCUCCCUUUGGUUUGCUCAUUUGCUUCCAAUCAUGCCAGUUUAUGCCAAUGAGCAGCCUAGUGAUGUCAUGUCUUUCUCAACCGUAGCUACUGGGUCCGUGUCCUAUCCCUUUUCUUGUCUUCCAGUUCCAGGGCAGAUUCUUCUGUUUCCAUGGCAACAGCCCUCUUAUCAGCCUUAAAACAAGAUUAUGCAAAAACCUUACAAAAAGUGAAAUUAUAUGGAUAACACUGGAAUUUUAAAUGUCCAACAAUAAAAAAGGAAAAAAAAAGAAAA